CCUAGCUUUCCAUGCCAUAUCCUGUUCCCCUUCUCCUCCCCACCCACAGCUAGGUUGCGAACCCUAGCUCCUCCUGAAUCCUGAUGUGAGCCUCGCGGGAAAUUCCAGAUCCAGCUGCCGGCGCCCGGCUCCGUCCUCCUCCUCCUCUUCCUCUCUCGCUGGCCAGGCCAGGCCACUAGGCGCUCAAGACUCGUAAGCGACUUGCGUGAUGGUGGCUCCACAGUAUAGACCUUGGUCAGAUCUUCCGCCGAAACUCCUGGGCCUUGUCCUCAAGCGCCUCCCUUCCCUAGCUGACCGUGUUCGUCUGAGGGCAGUCUGUCACCCAUGGUGCUCUAAUGGUCUGCUACAACAGCUUCCCCUCCCAUUCCCGUGGCUCACCCUCCCUGAUGGUACCUUCUUCAGCAUCCCAGGAGGCGAGGUUCACCGCAUGCCUGUACCAGAUGAUGCUAGUUGCUGUGGCUCUGUCGACAACUAGUUAUUCCUCAUGAGCAGUGAUGACACAUGCACGUUGAUGAACCCUUUCUCCAAGACCACGUUCGAGUUUCCUAAUCUGGUCACAGUUUGGCGGCGUGAGGCGCAUUAUGAAUCUGAUCCUAAGCAACUUUUGUACAAGUUGGUCACACCCUCGGCCCUGGACAUAUCACCUGAUUCCCUCAUUGCGGCAUUGACCAAGGAUGGUGGCAAUGGUACACUUUGCAUUAGCCAGCCACCGAUUGCCACUUACAUGGUACAGGGCAAUAGGAAGCCAUUGCAGCACCUAUUUGAUGUUGCCUUCUUUGAUGGAAAGUUGUACGCGGUGUCUGUCUUUGGCAAGCUCUUCAGCCUUAAGUUUCAUAACAACCUUGGUAGUAAGCCGAAGAUCGAAUGCGUAAUUGAGUCUUUGGGUGACUGUCGUGGAGGACCAGAAUGCAUUCCCAGAGAGGAAGUGUGUACAUACAGGUUAUAUCUAGUUGAAUGUGGUGGUAGACUGUUGAUGGUUAGACGAUUUAUUCGUCGCAUAGGCCCUCUCUCUAGGGAUUAUGUGUUUGAAAAUAUGCAGACUGGUGGGUUUGUUGUCCUUGAGGCAGACUUCCACUCCAACCCUUGCCGAUGGAGAAGGAUCAAAGAGUUGGGUGGGCAUGCUCUCUUUAUUGGCCAGCAUGGCUCCAAGUCCAUGCCUGCUAGAGAAUGCAGCGGAUCUGAAGAAGAUUGCAUCUACUUCAUUUGUGACUAUCCCCAUCCGAAGUAUUUUUCGAGUCCAUUUCGUGACUCUGGUGUGUACAACAUGCGAAAUGAGAGGAUCACGCCAUUGAUGUCUCAGACUGCAGCACCUGCACAUGAUGCUGGCCAGUGGCGCCCGACAUGGUUUUGACCUCCUGAAGCUGUGUGAUCAAUCCAGCAGGGUUUGCUCUACUGAAGCUUUAUCAACAGAGGGGUGUGCAGAUUCUCGUCUUGCUCUGCUGAAGCUUUGCGAUCAACCAACCCAGCCUGGGUUCUGCCCAUCUUUAUCCUAGUGAUAUGUUAUUGUGCAACUUAAGUUAUUAGUUAGUAGUAUGUUGAUCAACCAGCCUGGUUCUGGUUAUCCUUGUCAUAGUGCUAUGGUAUGUACCAUCUAGUCGUGAACUUCUAAUUAGCAUGAUGUACGCUUCAGAUCUUAUGAUUGGUCUCAAAUUCUUAAUGGGAUGUAUUCGGAUGUACAACUUGCUCUUUUAUCUGGGUGAGAAUGUACCACCUGAACAAACUUUUCAUCUCUGAAGGUGAACAAACUUUUCUAUCUCUGAAGGUGAACAAACUUGGUCACUAGCGCCUGAAUCCUGACCACUGUAAGUACAUCCUAGGGCUAUGUUGCCGUUUGACGAUCUUAAUGUGAUGUAUA